AUGAGUGACGAGGUUCGAAACAAAGCGGUGUCUGUCAUCUCUCAUUCGUUGGCUAAUGAAUGGAGAAUGUUGGACACAAUAUCUCUUGCUCGUCGUUUACUGACAUACUUAGGCGAUGAGAACUUUGCCGAGCAGCUGACAUGGAUAAAAUCAUGCUUGAAUGUGGAAGAAGAAUUGUCGAAGCGGGUGGCUCUGCAAGUUGGAAGCAAGAAUGGAGCACUAAUAGCUGUUUUGGCCGCUUUCUUACAGGAUGAGGAUCAGAGUAUUCGCGAGGAAGUGUGCUUUUUGAUUUUUGUUUCAGAGAAUUGUUUCAGAGAAUAG